AGUUUCCCCGUUUGUAGUCUACUCAGCUGGCUGGCUUUUUUGUCUGUAAUAGUUCAUCUAUAACAAUUACUUUUACUUCAUAUAAAGCUUAGGUACUUGAUAUUAGCGUUAUGUAACAUCCAGUGAAUCACAGCAGUGUUAAAAAGAGGAAAUAAUAAAUACACUAUCAGAGGGUCUUUAAACCUAACUAGCCUAUGUGAUGGUGAUGCAUACCAGACUACAGGAUAUAUCUAUAUCACAUAUAAAACUAUAAGCCCACAUAAGGAGAAAAGUACCUGCUGUGGAACAACACUGGCUAUUUUUUUUUUUUUUUUUAAAUGCUGACUUCAGAUGUAUUCAUUAGUAAUACAAAUGAGCCUGAACCAGCAUCAGCCUUCACGCCAAGGUUUUACUAGUUUUACGUAAAACAAUAAUGUCCAGAAGAGGGCGACAACAUGACACUAAUUUUAAGGCAAAACCUCCUCACUCCUUUCCAAACGAUUGAAAGAAGUCUAAUAUGAAUAUAAAAUAAUUAACGGCAAAUUCAAUCAAAUGAAACACUUAACUUUUAAAGACUUCAUGCUGCCAAAAAGGUAUAGUUUUAGGUAAACCAAAAGGAAACUUUGCUAAAAUAGCAAUGAAUAAAAAUAAACUUUCUAUCAAAAAGUAUUUUUAUUAAAGACGCGGAAUACGUUCCCCACGCAACAGGACGCAGACACCGGCCACAUGAAUGCGCACGUUAGGCCCGCCAUCUGCGUGCGCGUCACUGAAACGUAGAGGGUGCGAGUCUAAAACAAACUUAGUGGAGCUGAUCAGCUCAUUUGAGCACGUUUGGCUUCAGUGCAGACGCGCGCGCCUCUGCGCUCACUACUUCUUUGGAGAAAACGGCAGGAUAGGAAAGUGCUUUUACCAGUCUUCGAUAAAACGUAUAUGUGACAGUUAAUUAUAUCACACCCACAUGGAUAUCAAAAGCACUCGCCGAGUAGAUUACAACGACAGUAAACAGCAGGAGCGGAUGAAAUACAGAUAAAUCAUGGAAUUUCUGGAAGUGAUAUUUUAAAACCAAGACCCGCGCUGGAUGACUUUAAAUUUUGGAUUCCGGAUUUAACUCCAGUCACAUUUAAAUCUUAUGAGCUGAUGGAGUAUUUUCAUAAAGCAAUUCAAGUUCAUUCACCUCUCGCUUAACCCAAAAACGGGCAGUUUAUCGGGCGCGCACUGUUUGAGAGGAACUGAAUUAAAGCGCAUCUCGCCGGUAUGGUGCGCCUGCUGAAUUGCCUGGUCUUGGGCUAUUUGACAUGGAAUCUGCGGAUAUCUGAUGCCCGGGGAGAGUACUGUCACGGCUGGCUAGACAGCAGCGGGAAUUACCACGAGGGCUUUCAGUGUCCGGAGGACUUUGAUACGGCGGACGCGACGGUGUGCUGCGGGAGCUGCUCGCUGCGCUACUGCUGCGCUGCCGCCGACGCGCGCCUCGACCAGGGGACCUGCACCAACGACAGGGAGGUGGAGAACAACACCCAGUAUGCUGCACAGCCCAUCUAUGUGCCCUUCCUGAUGGUGGGCUCCAUCUUCGUGGCAUUCGUGGUGGUGGGUUCUCUGGUGGCGGUGUACUGCUGCACCUGCCUGCGACCCAAGCAGCCCACGCAGCAGCCCAUCCGCUUCUCACUGCGCAGCCAGGGCGAAACCAUCCCCAUGAUCCUCACCACGGCCCCUCCCAGCCUGCGCACGCCGUCCCGUCAGUCCAGCACGGCCACCACCAGCUCCAGCUCCGCGGGAGGAGGCAGCUCCGUCCGCCGCUUCUCCCUGGGCCGGGGGGACGGGCUGGGACAGUGUUCUCAGCAGCUCCUGAUGGUCUCGUCUUCCACGGCCUCCACUCCGGCGUCCGUGGCCCCGGCGCAGCCUCUACUGCCUCCGCCUCCUCCGCCGCCCUACACCUCCCAGCAGGGCAGUAACUCUCUCCAGCACGCGCACGCUCACAGCCAGUUACAGCUGCACCAUCAGACCCUGCAAAGCUCCGGCUUCCUCCUGCCACAGCAGUACUUCUUUCCCCUGCCGCAGGAACCGUUCUCCACGAACAAGGGCUUCGCUGACUUCAGCCAGAGCUGACCUGGGGUUGCCUGCUCAAAAGGAAACGGACACCAAAGAAUCUGUCAUUCACAAUGUCGUUGCUGUAGACUCGUAUUACAGAGGCUCCCGGAAACAGGCGCUAAAUUGUCUUUCAGCAAGCUCGAUCGGCACUUGUGACACCGCAGCUGGAAUUUAAGAACCACGUGGGCCGCUAAAGAUGGCGAGACGGUCAACUAUCAACCUGACAGACACUCGAGUGCCGGAUACAACAUUUAAGCCUAAAUCUACUAAACUGAUUGCAUCUCAUAUGCACUUUCAAUCUGCUUAUUUGAUGAAAGAGCAGCUGGUCAACGACACUCCACCGAACAUUUAACCUCUACAUUUCAGAUAAUUUGUUAUAUAGAUGGACUGAAUAUUACAUGACAAUCUCAAUCCCAUUUUAGGGGUCCUGCACACAAAUGGUGCCAUGCAUGAAUGAGGGUUUUAUAGAAAUUAUGUUAUUUUUUCCAGUGGGUCAGAGAUGGAAAGUUUAGUUGCCAGAUUGAGGCAAAAAUUGUUAAUGUUGAAAACAGGCAUUCAUCACGCAUUAUUCUUGCUCAUAGAGUAUCGGUCACAUAAGGAACAGGUUAACAUCAUACGAAAUGUACAGCUACCUUUGGGAAAACCUGUUUUUAAUGUUUGGAGAGGAUUCAUUGUUCAAUUUUGUAUAAUUUGUAGCAAUCUGAAAGCCAUUAUUGGCUUAGUUUCAGAUUACAUUGGCAACACAGUCCGUUGUAUUUGAUAUGAGACGUUUUGUAAAAGAUCAGGUGUAUCUAAAAUGUACAGAGCAGCUGGAAGCACGUCAUGUGACGAGACAGCCUUCAAAUAAGUAUUACAGUCUCUAACCAACAGUGUUUUUGAGCUAAAUUAAACCAUUUUAUCUUCCACUUA